AAACAAAAAAAUUAAAAGACGCUUUUACAAAUAUCACAAUCAAUCUAAAAAACAUCAUUCGACUAUUAUUAUUAAUUCAAUCAAGACCGAAAAUGAUUUAUUCAGAUUACGAAGAUCUUGCAGAUUUUACUACUAGUAUGGAUAGCAAUGAUGAUAUAUGGAAGUUUUCGAGGUUAAUUUUUGUUUUGGUUCAAACAAAUGGUAAAAUGAAAAGAUUUGUUGAUCAUUUCAUAACUAUAUAAAAUGAAAAAAAAGCCAAAGCAAUGAAUGGAAAUGAUACCUCAUCAAUUUCCCACAACGUUACUGAAGAAUCUGGAGAUGAGGCGGAUGAAACUUCUAGCGUUGGAAGUUAUUCUAUCACCGACACUACAUCUAGGAGUGCUACACCAACAAAUAAACCCUCGAAGAGAGGGAAGAAACGAAAGAAGAAAUUGAAUAUCAACAAACCUCCAAAACCAUUGUACACAUUCCAUUGCAGUAUUAAAAAGGAUCAUGGUCAACCCUUAUUUGGAGCUCAAUUUAACCAUCACCUCAAAGAAGGACAGCCUAAAAUUUUUGCUGCUAUCCUGAUCUGGAUGAGAAUUAUUAUACUUGUGCAUGGACCUAUGAUGAUGAACAAGGAAAACCUCUACUAUCAGUAGCAGGGUCUCGAGGAGUUAUUCGUAUUCUCAAUCCAGCCACUAUGUGUCGUAUAAGAAAUUAUAUAGGACAUGGACAUGCAAUCAAUGAGUUGAAGUUUCAUCCUCGUGACCCAAAUUUAUUGCUAUCAGUU